GCCAUCAUAAUUCUUAACUCUUCCCUUUUGAUGACAAUGGUCCAGUAUUUAAUGGGGGAGUUAAUAUUUAACACAUAUCCCAAAUAGAUUAUCCUUCAUCUGUUUAUAGACUUCAAACAAUGUGACAGAUCUGACAACAAGAUGUAAGAUGUCUUUUGUCUAAUAGACUUUAAAUGUAUUGGCGGAUGUGAAGAGCCAUGAUAUUUGAACAAUCAGAAAGACAAUCUCCCACUCGAGACCAAAUUUGAGUUGCCUUGCCAUCCGAGUGUUGAUUUAAGUAAUGACAACAACUUUUCCGGAGAUAUUCUUACCCAUCUUGCAGUCAAUGUAAACACAACUUUUUUUGGGAUAACAGCUGCGGUGAAUAGGAUACUUGCAGUUUCUUGGUGCGGAAAAGUGAAAAAUAUACCGAACAGCGACGAAUGGGAAAAUUACAAUCUCUCUGGGCCAAGAUGCUGUUAUCAUAUUUCUUACAAGUGUAACAAAAAACUAAAAAUCAAUAAGUUAAAGAACUUUCGUUGUGACCAUCAGACUUCAUGAGGAUUGUGUUCAAAAAGGUUUCUCCAUGCUUAAUGUGACACUGUUCUAGCAACUAGUACGACAUUUUUCAACAACCAUGAAGAAUGAUGUUUUACUGAGGCGCUUUGACAAUGAAAGUUUCCACAAUGAUUCUGUGAUGACCACACCAUCUCCACCAGUUUAUCGCCCCCCACCAAGUCUACAGGACAUACUGAAUACGUACUGGGAAUAUCGAUUUGCAGAUGCUUUUGGCAUAUAUGUGUUCCCCAUCGUUAUUAUGCUGGGAACCAUUGGAAAUAUUCUGAGUUUUCUUGUUCUGUGCAGACAUACCAUGAGGACAACCUCCACCUUCAUUUACAUGCAGGCUACUGCCGUGGUGGACCUGGCUGCACUAUAUAUCAAUGCCUUCAGAAAAUGGUUAACCAUUCUUAAUGACGGUAAAGACAUAACUACCCAAAGUAAAACAGCCUGCAUCAUCAUGCAUUUUCUUUCCUACUUUACAUACGAUUAUUCUGUCUGGUUGGUUGUUGCAAUGACAGUGGAAAGGUUCAUUGCAAUUCAUUUCCCACUUAAAGCAGCACAAAUGGCCACUACGUCAAGAGCUAGAAAGGUAACAUUACUGCUCUUUUUCAUUUUUGUUGCCAUCAAUAGCCUCAUGUUCUGGACCGUUACUAUUGACGAUCGCGGAUUCUGCAUCCCCGAGGAAGAAUAUGAACACUUUCAUGACAAAGUAAUGCCAUGGCUGGAUGCCACCAUUUAUUCCUUCGUUCCUUUUGUGGUGUUGCUAACAUUCAACAUCAUGAUUAUCUAUGACAACAGAAAAGCCACUCUUAGACGGCGCUCCAUGCGAAGUCAGAACCAAAGGAGAAACAGAACAGAUUCAAGACAGCAAUUUCAUCAAAGACUAACAGCCAUGUUACUUUCUGUUUCAUUUUCAUUUCUAGUGUGCACGAGCCCCAAAGUUAUUUUCAUGUCCAUCAGAGACAGUGCUUUCCAAUUCACAGUUGAUGGAAAAGUGAAUUAUCAUGGUUAUGCAUCGUAUUUAAUGGCUUCUCGCAUAUCUGACUUUUUUGUGUAUUUGAAUCAUUCCAUCAACUUUUUCCUGUACAGCAUUCAUGGGCAGAGAUUCAGGAGAGAACUGAAGAAUGUAUUAUGUUGUGCUAGAGGUGGUUUAAGAAGAAUCAGCACAAUUUCUCAGAGCCUGGACGGAAUUGUACACAGCCGUGCUACCAGUGACACAACACUAGGUAGCCAUCACUCCAGGAAUGAUAAUAGUGUCGUCAAUCCCAAUCCUGCUUAUAACCAAUCAGAAAAUUACAUUUGAAUUUUCUUCAAUUUUGCAUUGGAAAAUGUAAUUCUGCUGGCUGUUUGUGCGGAAUUAUUUUGGAAUUAUUUUUCUGCAGUUAAGUAUAAUCAUAAAUAUGUUAUCUUUGUCCUAGUUAUUUGCUACAUGUACAUUUCUCAUGUGCUACAUGUUUAAGAUGUACAUAGGUAAAUUAAUGAUUGUGUCCUUUUACUGCAUCAUCCUGGUCCCAGUUUCGGGUUGCAAAAUCAUUUAUGUUAAUAAAUCAUUUCAUUAUAACUUGAGAAGCUCGAGAAAUUCUUUUCAAACAACAUAUAUAUAUAUAUAUAUAUAUAUAUAUAUAUAUAUAUAUAUAUAUAAACUCAAGUAAUUCCACCCUAAUGUGAUAUCAUGAGAGUUUGCAAAAUCAAUGUUUUAUUUAGAUUUAUGCAUGAUAGGAACAAAAAUUUUGUUGCAGUCUUUUCUGAUAGUUACUUGUAAAAUAUCUUGUUAAACAAAAAAUAUUUCGAAAGCCUAUUGUAUAUCAAUAAUCAAUGAUAUGUUUCAAGAUAUUGAAUUCAAGGGCAAUAACUGUUUUCAUAGAUAUCUUCAUCAAGUCCUUUUUGUGGUCGAUUUCCCUUAUUUUUCAGACAUUUGGUAAAUUUUUGUGAAGAAAUGGUUUCAUGAAAUUGUUGUGAAUACUAUUACAUGUAUACCGUUAUAACCUGGUUUUUAAAAAAAAUUUGAUCAUGGACACAUUUGAGCUGAAAAUUUACAAAUUCUAUUUUUCCAUUUCUACGGUUUAGAAUGCUUAAUUAAGGUAUCUUUAAUAGUCAAAUAAAAUUUGAACAUUAGUUGUUGAGUUAGAAGUGAGAUACAACACUCACAAUUCUGUGUUAAGUAAACAAUUAAGGCUCGUGCCAUGUAUUUGUUUACAUAUAGAUUGUUUAAUAGAAAAUAGCAUGUUUAAAACAAAAUAAGAUGUACCAAGCACUAGAAAAUAUUCAAUUGUGUUCAGAUUUAACUUGUAAAUUGGAAAAAUCUGCUUUAAAAGAAACUUUUACUAGUAUAUCUAACCUAUGUAAACAAAAAACAUAGCACGAGCCUUGUUUCAUAACGAAGAAUUGUGAGUUCUGUAUCUCCCAUGAACCUUGACAACUUACAUUCAAUUUUUUGCUGACCAUUAGAAACACCCUAAUUAAAGCAUUCUAAACAUUAAAAAUGGAAAAUAAAAUUCAAAAAUUUCCAUGCCCUUUAAUGAAAAUUGCAAUUUUCUGAUGUUGAUAUAUGAUUCUGUUUAUGUAUUGUCUCAUAUCUUAAAAAGUGUGAUGAGCUGUAUAUUUCAUUUGAUAAUUUAUUAGGUUUGACUAUAAUAAAUGGGAAUAAAUACACUU